GAAAGAAGAGCUAUAGAUUCAUAUAAGGACGCGAGCUUCGCAGGUAUUUUGCUUCAAGUGUUAUGUUCCAGUUGUGGUGGUAUAAUGAACUUGAAAAUUUAUUUGAUUUUUAAUUUUGAUCAUUAGAAAUCCAAAAUAUGUCGAGGUUUUGGAUUAUUUUCUGCGGCGUGUUGACAUUGACCCAAGAUGCUUAUUCGAUUAGCAUCAAGAUGCACUACUGUACCCAAUCCGAACAGCAUUGCGUACUGCCCUCCGAAUGUCCCAAUUCAACAUCUCUUAUUACCAGUAAACAAGCUGAACUAUGUGGUUUCCAUGAUGAAAUUAAUGAAAACCAGAGGAUAUGCUGCAAUUAUUCGACAAAUAUCGUCAAGACCAAGAAAUCCGAAUUAGUAGUAACUUCAGAAUCAACGCUCGUUCACAAUGUUCCUUUCCAUAAGGAGGCCCAGACAGAGGAACGUACUGUUCAAGAUGGACUACUGAGUUUCGGAAUCAAACUGAAUUCCAUUUUAUUGGAAAAUAAUGGUGAAAACAAAAAUAUUCUGUUUUCUCCAUACAACCUUUAUACACAACUAGCUCUAGUUCAUCUGGGUAGCAAUGGAAUUACACGUGAUACAAUUUCCAAUGUUUUGAACAUCCCCGUCACUUUUUCGCCAAAAAGUUUACAAGAAAUAUUGCAAAACUUCUCAUCAGUUUUGCAAAUAAAUCCGAAUAAGACUUACUUAAGUGGUGUUACACUUCACAAUGGGUCACCAGUAGCCAUAAGACCAACUGUAAAAGCAUCUGAUUUAAAACUGGCUAAUGGAAUUUUCGUUCAAAACGAAUACCGUGGCAAGCUGAAGAAAAACUAUGUCGAAGAUGUCCAAUUAUACCAGCAGAGUGAUAUUUUCAAUGUUGAUUUCACCAACAAGGGAGAAGCAGCGAAAGAUACAAUUAAUAAGUACAUCAGUAAUAAGACUGAAAACAGGAUACCUCGACUACUCGAACAUCCUCUAGCAAAAGACACCUUAGUGGUCUUGACUAGUAGCUUGUAUUUUAAAUCAGCCUGGCGAACGAAAUUCAAUCGUGAUCAGACUAAAGCGGAAACGUUCCGAACAGACAAAGGCAAUGUUACAGUGCAAAUGAUGCACGCUUUACUAAUUGAGACAGGAUACGCCGAAGUACCAUCACUAGGCGUACGAGUUGUCCAGUUAAGAUAUAUCGAUGAUGCAUUUUCCAUGUUUAUAGGGCUACCUGAUGAAAAUCAAUCCCUACAAAAAGUUUUACGCAAGUUGACCUCCGAUCAGAUCCGCACAAUAAUUGAUGAAGCCGCCCGACACAUUGGUUACGAGAUAGAUUUAAAAUUGCCAAAAACGGCUUUCAAAUGGUCUCAAUCUGUUAAAAACUAUCUUAUUGAACUCGGACUCGCAGAAGAAAUUUGGGAGUCGCCUGAUUUGAGUAAUAUGAUGGACCAGAGUAAUAUGACAAUUAGUGAUAUUGGUCACGGCACUGAUAUUACAAUUAACGAAGAAGGCACCGAAGCUAGUGCCGCUUCGAUGCUGAUAUUCGGACCUUUAAGUGGAAAGAUAACACAGACAUUCCAUGUGAAUAGACCUUUCUUUUUUUUCAUUUAUAAUCAUAAUAUUCACACGAUCAUAUUCUUUGGUACCGUGUUUGAUCCGAAUAGUGCUAAAUAGCACUUCUUUGAAGAGGACAUGUACGUUCCUAAUUAUUAUUUUUUUUUUGAAACAUUUGUCGUAUUGGUUUGAUAUUAUUAAUUAAUUAUUUUUAAGAAUAAUUUGGUUUUUUAAGUAUGUAACUCUAACUAGGUAGUAGGUACCUAUUCAACCAUCGUUCCAAUAAAGAGAAUAAUUGUA